AAAGGAUUAAGAAGCAGAUCUACUAUACUGUUUCUAACUGUCAGCAUUUCGGCAGGGGCGAUAAAAUUAAUGUCUAAAUUUAGGAACCUAUGGAAUUAAAUGGGGGAUGUGUGGUCUUAGGCUGCCUGCUCAUUGUUCUGGGCGCAGUGGCUGCUCAAGCGAUUCCUCCGCCCGCUCAGUACCGAAUAUCCUUGGACGACCAGGCAGAUUUGAUGGUGAACAGGUAUGGCGAACCGCGUGAGCAGCUGAGCGACGUCAGGCAGCCCAAAAAAGACGAGGAUGAAGGAUACGAUGACAACAGAACGGAGCAACCGGUUUUGGAGGGGUUUGACGAGGGCGGCGGAGGGGACUGCGAUGGACUGCCCUAUGGACCGACGACUCCGGGAGGACAAGGCCAAGUCACUGCCAGCUUGGCUUCCUGCCUCCCACUGUGCCUGGUCCUGACCCAGCUCCUACCGUGAAUCAUUCAGAUCAAAUAAUACUUGGGCAAUUCGUAAGCCAGUA